AUGUCCAAUGUUCGUGAAAUCUUAACACUACAGUUUGGUAACUAUGCCAAUUAUGUGGGAACCCAUUGGUGGAAUAUACAGGAAUCUGGAUUUACCUAUGAUAGCGGUGCUGAACCGUCAGAAAUAAGUCAUGAUGUGUUGUAUAGAGAGGGAGUUAAUCAUAAUAGACAAACCACCUAUACACCACGUUUGCUACUUGUCGACUUAGACGGUUCCUUGAAACAUUUACCACGUGAAGGUGAAUUAUAUGGCAACAGUUUAAAACGAGACAUUCAUGAGAAAUUAUUCGGGAAAGAAGGUGAUGAUGAAAAUACCGAAGAACAUGAAUCGGUUAAAAAGCUCAAAGAGGAUAUAGCAUGGCAGCCAUCGGAUGUUGAAAUCGUGGCUGAAAAAGAAGCCGCAAAACAUGAAUUUCAAGAGGAUUUAGAUAAUGCUGCCACCACAUUAGAGGAGAAAAAGUACAAUCUAGCCGAUAAUGUUGAUUCAUGGGCAGAUUUUCUAUAUGGUCGUUAUCAUCCACGUACUGUACAUGUUGUUAAACAAUAUCGUCAUGAUGUGGAGAAACAAACAUUCGAUACUUUCGGCAGUGGUGUUCAGUUGUGGAGAACAGAACAAUUCGAAGAAGAUUUUUGUGAUCGUAUACGACAAUAUGUUGAAGAAUGUGAUUUUAUGCAGGGGUUUCAAACGCUAUUCGAUGCAUUUAAUGGUUUUGGUGGUAUGGCCACACAGUGUCUGGAACAUUUAAAUGAUGAAUAUGGUAAAGCCAAUUUGGCAAUACCUUUAUAUACGCCGAAAAAUAUGCAUUAUGAAAAUGCAGAUGAAGCCAUGUCGGAUUCAAUACGUGUGGUAAAUAGCGCCUUGACUUUUAGCCAACUUAUCGAACAGGCCAAUCUCUUUGUACCACUAAGCACACAAGAUCGUGUUUGGCGUCAGCUGGGAUCUCCGCGUAAAUUCAAUUCCAUCGAAUUCCGACCGGACAAUCUUUACCAAACAUCAGCGGUGUUGGCCUCUUAUCUGGAUACAAUUUCCUUACGUUAUCGACUCAAAGAAGCACCAGCUUCAAAUACUUUGGCAGGAUUUUGUGGUGAUAUGACCAAUUAUGGACGAAAAUUUGCUGCAGCAGCUUUUAAUCUUCCAUUUGCAAUGCAAUAUAAUAUGGACCUUAUCGAUUGUUUGGAUAAAUUUGAAGGUCCAUUGUUUACACAAUUAACGCCAAAUUGUAAAGUGGGUAGCGAUUAUGUUAUACAAUCGUUGUGUGUCCGCGGUAUAUCCAACGAUCGCUUGAAACGACCACGCGAAGCAGGCAAUACGGAACAAAUGCGUAUGGCAGCAUAUCGUUGCGAAAGUGUAUCGGAAAUGUUCCAAUUAUAUCUGCAAUGUUCCAAUCAUGCUGGAAUGGCUCAUGUAACAUCGAUAAAAUCGCCUAUGCCAACACGUCUACCAUAUCCCGAUGAAAUAUUUGCCGAUCAUUUAACUACCUCAGGUUUUAUACAUCCUACGGAAAAAAGACCGGAAGAUAAACGUGUUAACACAGUGCCAUGUGUUGCAUCUAUACAAUCAUCAAGUGAAUUGGGUGAUACCUUGGAGACACUACAUCGUGAGGCGAAACGUAUUAAAAUUGCAAAAUUGCAUCGUUUCAAGGCAGCCGGUUUGGAAGAUGAUGAUUAUGUUGAAGUUCUUGAGAGUUUGUUACAAUUUAAAGAUAAUUAUGAGGAUAAUUUUGAAUUAUAGCCCCAUA